AUGCUACUGCCGCCCACAAGACUGCUCAGCCCCUAUGGCUCAGAUCUGUUAGUACAGUUAGCAGCCAGGCUUUGGCCAGCAUUAUGUGAUACCUUGAUUACUGUAGGAGGCCAGGAGUUCCCUGCCCACAGCCUGGUCAUUGCAGGUGUGAGCCAUCAGCUGGGCCGACCGGCAAGCUGUGUGGGUCAAGAGGACACAGCGGGCUUGCCAUCUCACCAAUACCCUCCGCCACCCUCUCCUGCUCGGUUUAGGCCCUAUACUUGCACUGCCUGUGGAAAAAGAUUUUCAUUGAAGCAUCAGAUGAAGACGCACUACCGUGUCCACACAGGUAUGGAGAAGCCUUUCUCCUGUAACCUCUGUCCUCAGCGCUCCCGGGACUUCUCCGUCAUGACCAAGCACCUGCGAACACAUGGCGCCGCCCCCUACCGCUGCCCAGUGUGCGGGGCCGGCCGUCCCAGCCGGGCCUCCAGGCAGGAGCCCAUGCGCGGCCACUCGCCCAGCCAGCUGCCGCCGGGGAGCAUUCGCUCCACCUUCGUCUACUCGUCCUCGGGGCCGGCCCGGGCCUGCACCUCUGCAGGCAGCGCCACCUGCGCCUCCACCGGAGCGCUCGAGAGAGCCGAGAGCCCGUGCCGACCGCGGCGCGCCCGUCCCGCUCUGGAGCGACCCCUGGCGGCCGCGCCGCAGCCCGCGGAUGACACUCUUACCCGCGCCUCCCGGCCCACACGCUCGGCGCGAGGCCGCGUCUCCGCGACCCUCCUGGGCGGUGCGGCCGCCUUCACUUCCCGGCGCCGGUCGCUCCCCGGGCGGGGCCUGCGGUACCCUGGGAGUGGUAGUUCAGGCCGGCGCCGGUCCCCACUACAACAAUGGGAGGAGUCUGAGUCGAGGACCACACCUCCCGGAGACCGGGAACUGGCUUUCCGGGUCCGCGGCGGGUCCCGGUAG